AUGAUUCUAAACUCAAGUGUGUAGUUAAAAUAGGUAACCAUGGUUAAAAAUGAGAGUCUUGUUGUUUUUUGUUUGUUGUUUGGUUUUACUAAAAUAAAAAAGAGCACGAAGAACAUGCGUCGGACUUUUCUCUCUCUUCCUUGAAUUCAUUCAAUUGGCCACGGCGACAAAAGAGGGAGCCGAUAGAGCGAAACUGAAAAAUCUUAUUUUGUUUUCAAUUGGCCACCUUUUUCCUGGAUUCUUACUUCUUAGGGUUCUUUUUCGGGGAAAUUUGUUUGUCCAUUUUGGGAGAUAUUAAAAUUUGUUUUUUGGUCGGAUUCUAAAAAAAUCUGAUUUUUGAGGAAAAAUCUCGGUGGAAGACUGGCUUCAAAUCUUCUCUACUGGGGCAAGAUCUGAGAUCUCUGGUGUUCCAUGCAAAACUGUUAUACUCCGCCGUAUAUACGCAUCUGGGUCACACUUGUAAACCCUAGAAGUUGACCAAAGAAUCGAUUUCUGAAGAUCUGGGUUUCUUAAAAGUCUCUCCUUUUGUUCGAUUUCGUUGGGAUCCAAACAAAAGAACAGAGAUGAAUAUUGGUCGCGUAGUGUGGAACGAGGAUGAUAAAGCGAUUGUUGCUUCGUUACUUGGCAAACGAGCUCUCGAUUACUUGCUUUCGAACUCUGUUUCAAAUGCUAAUCUCUUGAUGACUUCAGGAAGCGACGAGAAUCUGCAGAACAAGCUCUCUGAUCUCGUUGAGAGACCCAACGCUUCUAAUUUCUCGUGGAACUACGCCAUUUUCUGGCAGAUUUCGAGGUCAAAGGCCGGAGAUUUGGUUCUCUGUUGGGGAGAUGGGUAUUGCAGAGAGCCUAAAGAAGGAGAGAAGUCAGAGAUCGUUAGAAUUCUAAGUAUGGGAAGAGAAGAAGAAACGCAUCAGACUAUGAGAAAGAGAGUUUUGCAAAAGCUUCAUGAUUUGUUUGGUGGGUUAGAAGAAGAGAACUGUGCUUUAGGACUAGAUAGAGUUACUGACACUGAGAUGUUUCUUCUUUCUUCAAUGUAUUUCUCAUUCCCUCAAGGUGAAGGUGGUCCAGGGAAGUGUUUUGCCUCUGGGAAACCGGUUUGGUUAUCCGAUGUGGUGAAUUCGGGUUCUGAUUAUUGUGUUAGAUCGUUUCUUGCUAAAUCUGCUGGAAUUCAGACGGUUGUUUUGGUUCCUACUGAUCUUGGUGUUGUCGAGCUAGGCUCAACUUCAUGUUUGCCUGAAAGUGAAGAGUCAAUCUUGUCUAUAAGAUCAUUGUUUUCGAGUAGUUUGCCUCCUGUUAGAGCUGUGACGGCUGUUGCUUUACCUGAAAAGAUAGAUGAUAACAGAACGGUUAAUGCUUCAAAGAUAUUUGGGAAGGAUCUGCACAAUUCAGGUUUUCUUCAUCAUCAUCAGUUUCACCAACAACAACCACAACAACAACAACAACAGCAUAGACAGUUCAGAGAGAAACUUACGGUUAGAAAAAUGGAUGAUAGAGCUCCCAAGAGAGUAGAUGCUUAUCCUAAUAAUGGGAAUAGGUUUAUGUUUUCGAACCCAGGCACCAACAACAAUACUCUUCUGAGUCCUACUUGGGUCCAACCAGAGAACUACACGAGGCCCAUCAAUGUGAAGGAAGUUCCGAGCACGGAUGAGUUCAAGUUUUUACCUUUGCAGCAAUCAUCGCAGAGGCUGCUUCCUCCUGCUCAAAUGCAGAUUGAUUUCUCUGCUGCGAGUUCAAGGGCUUCCGAGAAUAAUUCAGAUGGAGAAGGAGGAGGGGAAUGGGCAGACGCGGUGGGUGCUGAUGACAAUGGUAACAACAAACCAAGAAAACGUGGAAGGAGACCUGCCAACGGAAGAGUGGAAGCUUUGAACCAUGUUGAAGCAGAAAGGCAGCGGCGUGAGAAGCUUAACCAGAGGUUUUACGCUCUGAGAUCCGUUGUUCCCAACAUAUCCAAGAUGGACAAAGCGUCGUUGUUGGGAGACGCAGUUUCUUACAUAAACGAGCUUCACGCCAAGCUAAAGGUCAUGGAAGCAGAGAGAGAGAGAUUAGGGUAUAGCUCAAAUCCACCUAUCAGCUUGGAAUCGGAUAUUAAUGUUCAAACCUCAGGUGAAGAUGUCACAGUGAGAAUAAACUGUCCGUUGGAGUCUCAUCCAGCUUCUAGAAUCUUCCAUGCGUUUGAAGAGACUAAAGUAGAAGUGAUGAACUCGAACCUUGAAGUUUCUCAGGACACAGUGUUGCAUACGUUUGUAGUCAAAUCUGAAGAAUUAACGAAAGAGAAGCUGAUAUCUGCGUUGUCUAGAGAGCCAUCAAAUUCAGUUCAGUCAAGAACAUCAUCUGGUAGAUAGCCUUUUGAGAGAUAGAAGAAGGUGGAAAGUAAGUUUGUAAUCAAGAACCGGUUUUGAAUGGUUCUUUUUUGUUUCUGCUAGGUUUCUUUUGUUUUUGCUUUUUUUUUUUUUGGUUAUAUACCUGUAAGAAUCCUCCAAACUAGGAUUUUAGAAGUUUAAUUGACAAAAGUAGACAUUAUCAGUUACUCGGUUUACAGUGGACAAAAUUGGGGGAAAAGGAUAAUGUUGUAAUGGCUCUUUCCUGCAGAGACAAGACUUGCAGACUUGAUACUAACAUCAAAGAAGACAGUGUUGUGGUUUGCAUAACGAUCAUUUGGGUCCAAUACCUUCAAACCUCUGAGGGAAUUCAACAUAGAAGAUUCUAUCACUACCACCUUCCCUCAGAGUCAUGGAGUUGUACAUUAUGUAGUGGUCAGAUGAAUGACAUGAUUGCUCUGGUCCUAACCAAAGCAAUUGAUGGCUCCCACAGAAAUGAUUGAAGUUGCUGCUAUAUUUAUAGGCGUUGGCUUCAUAUUCAGCAUCUGCAGCCGCAGCAAUAAAACGAACGCUGAGUUUCUAGAUGAAGCUACCGGCGAUAUGAAGCAUUCUCAUAAUCAGGCCGGUUCUAUCUCCCACAGAAAGACCAGCAUUGGUAGGCUGAUGUCAAUGUCUGUUAGAUCAUCAAACACUGCUGCUUCUGUUCAAUUUAAAGAAGCCAACAUCAUCAUCUCCUUUUUUUUGGUUCAGAACCAUCAUCUUCAUCUCUUCUUUCCUUCUCCACAAACAUAUGGGUGUUUGUUUGUAACAGAGAGGUAUAAAUGUAUAAUAAAGAGAUCGUCCCGGACC